AUGGAACAAAAACCCGACAGCAAUGGAGACCAGAUGCCGGAUGCUGCCGGCAAGGUGCUGGACCGCUGGGCCAUCAUGUCUCGAGAAGAGGAAAUCAUCACCCUUCAGCAGUUUCUGCGGUUUGGAGAAACCAAAUCCAUUGUGGAGCUGAUGGCAAUUCAGGAGAAAGAAGGGCAGGCUGUGGCUGUACCAUCUUCAAAGACAGACUCAGAUAUAAGGACUUUCAUUGAGAGCAAUAAUCGUACCAGGAGUCCCAGCCUCCUUGCUCACUUAGAGAAUAGCAAUCCUUCCAGCAUUCAUCACUUUGAAAACAUCCCAAACAGCCUAGCGUUUCUGCUUCCAUUCCAGUAUAUAAACCCCGUCUCAGCUCCACUGCUAGGGUUGCCUCCAAACGGGCUCCUGUUAGAGCAGCCAGGAUUAAGGCUGCGGGAACCAAGCCUUUCAACCCAGAAUGAAUAUAAUGAGAGCAGUGAAUCUGAAGUCUCUCCCACACCUUACAAGAAUGAUCAGACACCCAAUAGAAAUGCCCUGACCAGCAUUACUAAUGUGGAGCCCAAAACUGAGCCAGCCUGUGUCUCCCCCAUUCAAAAUUCUGCCCCAGUCAGUGAUCUAACCAAAACAGAACACCCAAAAAGUUCAUUCCGGAUUCAUCGUAUGAGAAGGAUGGGGUCAGCCUCUAGGAAAGGAAGAGUGUUCUGUAACGCAUGUGGGAAGACAUUCUAUGACAAAGGUACUCUCAAAAUUCAUUAUAAUGCCGUUCACCUGAAGAUCAAACAUCGAUGCACCAUUGAAGGUUGCAACAUGGUCUUUAGCUCCCUCCGAAGCCGUAAUCGCCACAGCGCAAACCCCAACCCUCGCCUUCACAUGCCUAUGCUAAGGAAUAACCGAGACAAAGAUUUAAUUCGGGCCACAUCAGGAGCUGCCACCCCUGUUAUAGCAAGUACAAAAUCAAAUCUCACACUCACAAGCCCCGGCCGGCCCCCAAUGGGUUUUACCACUCCCCCACUAGACCCCAUCUUACAGAAUCCUCUCCCUAGCCAGCUGGUGUUUUCUGGGCUAAAGACUGUACAACCAGUUCCUCCAUUUUAUAGAAGUUUACUCACUCCAGGGGAAAUGGUGAGUCCUCCAACCUCCCUCCCCACCAGUCCCAUCAUUCCAAGCAGUGGUACCAUAGAGCAGCACCCCCCACCACCCUCUGAGCCAAUAGUGCCAGCAGUGAUGAUGGCUGCCCAUGAGCCCAGUGCUGACCUGGCACCCAAGAAAAAGCCCAGGAAGUCAAGCAUGCCUGUGAAGAUUGAGAAGGAAAUCAUUGAUACCGCUGAUGAGUUCGAUGAUGAAGAUGAUGACCCUAAUGAUGGCGGCACUGUAGUCAAUGACUUGAGCCAUGACAAUCAUUGUCACUCCCAAGAGGAGAUGAGCCCGGGCAUGUCUGUGAAGGACUUUUCCAAGCAUAGCAGGACCCGGUGCAUUUCAAGGACUGAAAUUAGGAGGGCGGACAGCAUGACUUCCGAAGACCAAGAGCCUGAGCGGGACUAUGAGAACGAGUCUGAGUCUUCAGAGCCCAAACUGGGUGAGGAAUCCAUGGAAGGAGAUGAGCACAUUCACAGUGAAGUGAAUGAAAAAGUCCUGAUGAACAGUGAGAGGCCUGAUGAGAACCACAGUGAGCCCUCUCACCAGGACGUCAUCAAGGUGAAGGAGGAGUUCACAGACCCCACUUACGACAUGUUUUACAUGAGCCAGUACGGACUGUACAAUGGUGCGGGGGCCAGCAUGGCUGCCCUGCAUGAAAGUUUUACAUCGUCUCUGAAUUAUGGCAGCCCUCAAAAGUUCUCCCCAGAAGGGGACCUGUGUUCUAGUCCAGACCCCAAAAUCUGUUAUGUGUGCAAGAAGAGUUUCAAAAGCUCCUAUAGCGUGAAGCUUCACUACAGGAAUGUUCACUUAAAAGAGAUGCAUGUCUGCACAGUGGCUGGCUGCAACGCUGCGUUCCCCUCUCGCCGAAGCAGAGACAGACACAGUGCCAACAUAAAUCUGCAUCGUAAAUUGUUGACCAAAGAACUCGAUGACAUGGGCCUGGACUCAUCGCAGCCCUCCCUUAGCAAGGACCUCCGGGAUGAAUUUUUGGUGAAGAUCUAUGGUGCCCAGCACCCCAUGGGGCUCGACAUCAGGGAAGACGCCUCCUCUCCCGCAGGGACUGAAGACUCCCACCUAAACGGGUACGGGAGGGGCAUGGCGGAGGACUACAUGGUCCUUGACCUGAGCACCACCUCCAGCCUCCAGUCCAGCAGCAGCAUCCAUUCCUCUAGAGAAUCAGACGUGGGCAGUGACGAGGGGAUUCUUCUCGACGACAUUGACGGGGCGAGUGACAGUGGGGAGUCGGCACACAAGGCUGAGGCCCCUGUCCUCCCUGGCAGCCUAGGGGCUGAAGUUUCAGGAUCUCUUAUGUUCAGCAGCUUGUCUGGGAGCAAUGGUGGGAUCAUGUGCAACAUUUGCCACAAAAUGUACAGCAACAAGGGGACCCUGAGAGUGCACUACAAAACUGUGCAUUUGCGAGAAAUGCACAAGUGCAAAGUCCCUGGUUGCAAUAUGAUGUUUUCCUCUGUACGAAGCCGGAAUCGGCACAGUCAGAACCCUAAUCUCCACAAAAACAUUCCCUUCACUUCAGUAGAUUAGUCUCAGAACGGACACUACAAAUGCCAGCCCUCACCAGAUGGCCUACUUGUUUGAACUGCCAUAGUCAGUGUGCGCUUAUGUACUUGGGGGGUGUGUCUGUGUGUGUGUACAUAUGUAUGCUCUGUCUCUACAUACACACACACACAUGUUUUCUUUAGAUAAAAAAAGAUAAACACUAGGUGCUUUUGAAUUUUUUUUUUCACUUUUCCUUUAUAGUUUUGGGGAAGGCGUGGGAUCUUUAAUUUAGGGGGGUGGGCGAUGAAAACAGAGAACCCCUUUAAACACACAUACACACACACUAAGCGUGCAAAUAGCCCCAAUUUUGACAGACUAAUUCUUGGUCUUCCCCAAAGAGACAUUUGUUGUACCCAUGACUGUUGCCUGCAAAAAAUAAAAGGGAAAAAAAGAAAAAAGAAACAAAAAGGAACUUCUUAUAGUUGUCUUUUGUGAACUUUAAGGUUUUGGGAGAAUCUUCAAUUAAAGCAUGGCAGAUUCACCUGUAAAUAUUUAGCCUUGAGAGGCCAUUGAUGUAAAACAAUUGUAUUGAUGGUGGUUUAACUCUUUUGUUUAAUUUUUACAGUUACAUCCAGCUGUUAGAUAUGCAGGAAAAAAUAGUUUGCUGGCUAGCUCUAUUCAUUUACGUUAGCAUUAAUGCACAUUUUGUUUUGAACAUGGUCUUGUUUUUACUACCUGUUAGAUAUAGUGAUAAAGAGGUGCUGGCAUGCUUUACAGCACAGAUCUGAUUUUUUAAAAUGUCCUGUACUAGUACAUAAACCCAGUCAUGCACUUUUUUCAUACACUACAAGGGGAUGUGUAAUAUCCAUGCUUCUUUUUUUAUCCUUAAACUAUUGCCAUACUUCAGUAAGUGUCUUUUUUAAAGAAUUCACUUGUAUAAAAAUGGUCUGGUCAGUAUAGGGCACAAAUGCCAAACAAAAGUAUUAGUGUUAACACAAAACUGCCAACUUUGCACAAGUUUCCAGAAAAGAAAAUACAAUUAGUCACUCAACAUAACCACAGGCCAAUUUGUCGGCCACCAGAAAACCGCUUUUAAAAAAAAACACUUGGUGAUUCUUUCAAGUGCCGAAUGUUAUUAGAAUCAACGUUGCAUCCUUCUUGCUUAUAUGUUAAGUUACAUAAAAGGAAAACAAAAUUCUGUGGUGUGAAACAGCCAAGGCAUUUAUUCUUUAGAGGCAGGAUAAUAUUUCAGGAUACAAAAGCCCAAAUUACUCAUUAUGGAACAAAGCUGAAUACAGUCAAAGAGUUGAACACUCAUUUCCAAGGCCCUAACUCUUAUCCUUUAAAAAGAAAGAAAAAGUCUGAACUGGGUUGGUCUGUCGUACGGCUGUCUAAUUUGUUGCAAAUUCUGCAGUAGUACUAUGAUUCAGGCCUGCUUGAUAGACAAAAUCAAAAAGACAUUUCACAGCAGCAGUCCUUGGAAGCUUUGAAAACAUGUGCUAAACUUGAAUUGAGCAACACUCCUUUCUGAAAAGCCAGAAGAAGGAGGGUUUAAAAUAGGAUCUCUCACUGUUUAGUGUUUUGUGUUUCCCCACACGAUUUGUCAGAGAGAAAUGAAAGCAAGCCUGAAACCAGCAAUUGAGAGUGAGAAAGAGGGGGAGACUAUUCUCCAAACCUUUUUUGUUUUGUUUUGUUUCCGAUGUUUACACAUGUUGCCUGAGCUGGUUAACCACAUCGGCAGCCCCAGCUACCACAACAUACUGACUAAAUGAUGAUAUUUACUCAAGUUCAGUCUGCAGCCAAAACCAUUAGGGUGUGCAUUGCAGACUCUGUUUUGUUGUCUUUUUUGGUCUUUUUUUUUUUUUUAAGUGGAGGGGAAGAAAAGAUAAACAAGGAAUAUUUUGUCAAACGAUACACAAUAAUUUAAAGAGAAUGUAUUUCUUUUCUGCAUUUAAUGGCCUCAAACAUUUCUCUCAUCAGUCUAGAGUUAGCAAUAUCCCUUUGUUUUAACUUUUCAUGUCAUUUCCAUUUUUCAUAUGUUUUGUAAUUUUUCUAUGUUCACAUCAGCAUUCACUUCCGUUAAAUUUGCCAAAGGAAACUGUUAAUGUGUUUCUGUUGUUAUUAUUCCUGUAGGAUUUAUUGUACCUCACAGUAUUUAUUGUUUCCAAAAAUAAGCAUCAUUAGUUGGGAGUUCAGUAUUUUUAUUUGUGAAAAUUUCAGAAACAACAGAUUCUUAAAGAUAAGCUAGCUAUGUCUAGGAGCUUUAUCUUUUCACCUCCUUCAGAGGAUGCUAUGGGGUUCAUUUAAUUCUUUAUUUGUUCUACAGUAAGGAAAGACCAAAAGUAUUUGCAGUACAAAAGAAACUAACACUAUGUCUGUUAAAUGACAAAUGUUUACGGGAAAAAGCUGAGGAAUUAGUAAUAACCGUUUUUGUUUUCUUGUACCUUUGAAUUCCCCAAAGUCUUAAUUGCUUUAUUUUGGUGUUGUGUUAAAUUGAAUAGACAGAGAUGUUUUCCUUUGUUUUAUACCAUAUAAGACUCUGUACAGUAUGUUUGUGAAAGAUUGAACUAGAAUAAUGAAAGUUUGUUUGCAAAC